AAACCAGUUGUCGCAUCGCCACAAUUCAUCUAUUACUAGGACUCACGAGUAUCUUGAGUUUUGAGGAGGAGAGUGGACCAAACCUCCAUCGCUUGAAUCUCGCAUGAGAAGCGCAAGAUCGUCCUGGCACCAGACGCAUCUUCAUCGUUUCCGAACAACUUUGAUCCACUGAAGAGAACUGGCUUCGAUCGUCUGCGUCACGAAAUCAAGUCAUCCAUCCAACAGCGCGACUUCCUUCACGCCAUCUCACGACCUCGCACUCAAACCAACGGUUCCAACUUCUACCUCCUGCGAACCACCGUCCCCUUCGACUCCGUCAUAACCUCCUCCGAACCCGACCUAGAAAGCGAUUACGACCCCUCAAGAUCAAAAAAUAGCCUAGACUCCGCCAGUCCAACAUCAACCGACAGCUCACCGUCCCCUCACAAACCACGCAAGAAGUCUAAGAUGUGCUGCCACCCAAUCAGCACCUUUCUGCACUCCCCGCUCCUCCUCCGCACCUGCGAAGUCUGCUGUCUAGCCUCUUGUCUCGCACACUGGGAAGUUCACAAACUCCGCAAACAAGACCGCGCCCGCGAACAAGCCGCUGCACGGUUCAAAGCGGAGGAACACGUCGCAGUUGAGAACAAGGAUCGGGAGACGAAGAAGACUGCCUUGGAUGAAGAGAAGAAAUCCGCUGCCACAGCGACGACUACUUCGGCGGCCUCGACUAUGACGGCUUCUUCCUCUGCGCCGACUACGACAACGGAGAAGACGACGGUAGUCACCGAGAGGGAGAAGGAGAGGAAGUAAGGAUUCACAAGUCUCCCUGUGUGUAAUCUAUGUAAUGCGAGCUGAUCACAUGCCUGUGCCGCUACAUAGCCUCGUUGAAUCACUCGAGCAAGCUCUCUCAUGGCCUUGCCGUACCGUCAAACCAUACCUACACCGCCGCAAGGAUAACCUAGGGAUAGAUGAAGAGGAGCCGACCAGAGGCAGAGCGAAGACUCGUACGGGUUCUCAGGGGCGAUCGACGACCAGUGGGAGAGUAAACAUUAUUUCUUGACCUUCUCUUGGGCUUGAGCUUGCGCUCUGCGAUGACUUCUGGGGGCUCUAGUGGUGGUGAAUGCGGAGACCGUCCCUGAUUGACUGUUGGAGGAACAUAGAUGACAUUU